AUGGGCGAAAUAGUUCAUACGAAAGUUUGUGGGGAAGAGACUCGACAACGCAGUCAAUUGGAAAAGAGGAUGCCCACUGACUCUGUUUGGGAGAUUGCGCAAAUCUCACAGCAUACACUCUCAACUACUCAAAUAAAACAUCCCCUUAUCCGUGCUGUACCUCCAAGAUGCCCCCAAAACGAAGUCGGUCUCAGAAGGACUCCCGACGCACAGAAGCCGACUGGCAGAGAGAAGAAGAGUCGCAAGUUCAAUGACGCCGAGAAAAGCACUUUCGGCUCUGACAAAGGCAACUCGGAGGAUGAGUUCGAGAACCGAGAGCCAGAACGAGACUACGGCAAAGACGAAGACGACCAAGUCAAUGAGGAUGAACUUCAGACACAAUAUGAUGAGCAGAUUGCCAGCAAAGACAGCAUCACCUUGAAGCCGCUACGGACAUCCAGACCAUUGAUGAUUACAGAAUAUUAUCGAAAACCAAGUGAGUCGUUUGUCAGCUUACUUACGUUGGUUCCGUUGCUCACAUUAGACAUCAGCUCGGUAUUCGACAUCGAGUUCAGGAAGACCCGCGAUGAGAAGGUCUUAAAUCAGUUGUGGGCCGCAGUGGCCGCAAUAGCGCAUUGGCUCUACCUCGAAGAGCCCGGCCCCUGGAUGGCCAUAGAUGAUGGCGAUCGCAUGAAUGCCACUGUAGGUCUCAUCGGCAAAGCCUUUGUGAGCGCGUUGAACGACCUCGAUCGGUCCGGCAUGCUCAAGUCAGAUUCUGCAACCAAGGUCCGAGGACUCGUCAUGUCGGUGUGCCUGGAAUGGUUGGAGGGGCUGGAUGAUUACGGUGUCGAUGAGGAGCUCGCUUGGCGUAAAGAGAUCGUUGUAUAUGCCAAGAAAGCCGAUAUCAACCUCGAACGCACUAUUACUACGGCAUCAGAGAAAUAUGGCAAGAUCGGCGGAGAUCAUCACAACAUCAUGAAGAUGUCGCGUAAAGAGCGAGCGUCGUAUGCUUUCAACAAGAAGCAUCCGCUUGCGCAGUUCUCGGAGAAGCGAAUACGGAACGGUAAUCUAAUACCUGGCUGGUACUACCUAAUCUGA